UGGCUAAAACUUCCUUAGGUCAUCUUGGUUAUAUUUAUAGGGGAAAGAAUUUUCUUACUUGGGACAUAACAUCCAAAACAACAAUGAGUACAUUUAACAUCCUGCUUCCUAUUGUGGCACUGCUGCUUGCUUUUGGAUUAACCGUUGCUAUCCCAGAUGAGAAAGGGCUGAUCAUUAAUUUGGACACUGGUGAGCUUUGUCUACAAAGUUUGCAAUGCAAGAGUGGCUGCUGCUACAGGGAUAGUGGGUUGAGUUUGGCACGUUGUGCCCCCAAAGCAGCGGAGACCCAGAAAUGUUCCCCACUGCACAUAUAUGGGAUAUAUUAUUUCUGUCCUUGUGAGAGUGGAUUGACCUGUGAAGUGGACAGAUCCAUUGUGGGGACUAUUACCAACACAGACUAUGGAUACUGUAAGGAUCCAAUGGACACUAAAAAAUAAUGCCCUGCCUUUUUGAAUAACAUUUGUCAACAUACACUCUAUCAGUUAAUAUAGUGUAAACAACAAAUCUACAAAUUACAGAGACUGUCACUGGAACAAUCUUUGUUUCAAUUCUAGUCAAGCUGUAAUAUUCUUUCUUGGUAAAAAAAUAAUAAAAUUUGGUUUUCAAAAUGU